GCGAGCGAAGAGGAAGGGAGGAGCUGGCGCCGCGGGCGCGCCCACAGCCGAGGUGAGACCGCCGGGAUCUACAUGAAGAGGGUCCGUAUGGACUCGGAGAUGGAAGAUUGCGAGGAUUUCUCCGAGGAAAUCAAGGGAUUGGAGGCGGAGUCACCCAGGGCCAAGAUCGCGGCGAGGCGAUCCCUCGUCUUCUCCAGCUCCGGCUUCAAUGCGGGCAAGGUGGAGAGCGCCGCGGCGGUGGCGUCCAGUCCCAAGGUGAAUAGAAUCACAUAUAGUGAUCGCUUCAUCCCCAGCAGGUCGAGCUCCAACCUCACAGGCUUUGCGCUGCUCGAUAAGUCGCCCUCUUCCAACGUGAGUAAUGUCUCUCACGGCAGCGAGACUAGAGAGGACAGCGCCGCUGCUUACUCGAUGCUACUCCGGACGGAGCUCUUUGGCAGCGAUCCCGGGGGGCCUAUGGUGCCAAGCACGCCCGAGAAGCUCCUGGGGGGAUCAUCCAGGGACUCUGCGAGAACUCCGAUGAGCCCGACCAGGAACUUGUUCAGAUUUAAGAACGAGCACCGUGGCGGUGCUGGAGCUUGCGCGUCACCCGAGUCACCAUUUUCUCUCUCGCCGGUUGGCCUGGAUGUUGCUCUUGCUGGAACGGUCACUAGCCCGCGAAAGGCUCCGCGGAAGAUCGCCAGGUCUCCUUACAAGGUGCUGGACGCGCCUGCUCUUCAAGACGACUUUUACUUAAACUUGGUGGAUUGGUCGUCGCUCAAUGUUUUAGCUGUGGGACUUGGACCGUGCGUCUAUCUCUGGAGCGCAUGCACUAGCAAGGUUACGAAGCUUUGUGACUUAAGUCCCAACGAUGGUGUUUGCUCGGUUGGAUGGACGCAACGCGGAACGUAUCUAGCAGUAGGAACGAACCUCGGUGAAGUUCAGAUUUGGGACGCGACACGGUGCAAAAAGGUCAGGACGAUGGGAGGUCACCGAACAAGAGUCGGAACCUUAGCUUGGAGUUCAAACGUCCUCUCGUCUGGCAGUCGUGAUAGGAACAUAUUGCAACGAGAUAUACGAGCCCCGGAGGAUUUUGUCAACAGGCUUGUCGGGCAUAAGUCUGAGGUUUGCGGUCUCAAGUGGUCUUAUGAUGACCGUGAGCUUGCGUCUGGUGGUAAUGAUAAUCAGCUUUUUGUUUGGAAUCAACUAUCUACUCAACCAGUUCUCAAGUUUAGCGAGCACACCGCUGCAGUAAAAGCCAUUGCUUGGUCGCCGCAUCAGCAUGGCUUGCUUGCUUCUGGUGGCGGUACCGCGGAUAGAUGUAUAAGAUUUUGGAACACGGGGACGAGUACACAUUUAAGCUGUGUUGACACUGGUAGUCAGGUUUGCAACUUGGUAUGGUCAAAGAAUGUAAAUGAACUUGUUAGCACCCACGGCUAUUCGCAGAAUCAGAUUAUAGUGUGGAGAUACCCGGCCAUGUCAAAACUUUCUACUCUCACGGGACACUCCUACAGAGUUCUAUAUCUUGCUAUUUCUCCCGAUGGCCAGACAAUUGUCACCGGAGCGGGGGACGAGACAUUACGGUUUUGGAAUGUUUUUCCUUGUCCAAAGUCUCAGCAGAGCGCUGUUCGAAAUACAGGAAUUUGGUCCUUGGGACGAACUCACAUACGGUAGCUGGUGUUUUUAUUGCCAAAAUUUUGGUAGUGUAAGUAUUGUAUGUAUUUCUCCAAGAAAAAGCGGAUAUAUACGUUUUAUUUAUCACA